AUGAUUUUCAAAGCGGGGUCCAAUUGUCCGUCUAGCGUUCCUCCUGUGUAUCUCAACGGAGCACCUUUGAAGCGCGUUCACAAAUUUAAAUACUUGGGACAUGUGCUGACUGAUGAUUUGAUCGACGACUCUGAUAUUGAAAGGGAACGGAGAGCGUUGUCAGUUCGUGCCAAUAUGAUUGCCCGCAGGUUUGCCAGCUGCUCGAAUAACGUGAAGGUCACACUGUUCCGUGCAUUUUGCACAUCAUUCUACACAUGCAGCCUGUGGGUUAAGUAUACACAAAAGGCAUACAACGCCCUCCGUGUCCAAUACAAUGAUGCCUUCAGGGCGCUGCUGCGGCUGCCGCGGUUUUGCAGCGCCUCAGGUAUGUUCGCGGAGGCGCGCGUGGAUUGUUUUUACGCCACCAUGCGCAAGAGGGCUUGGUCAGCUGCCUGCCGCGUGCGCACCAGUGGCAGCGCCCUACUAGCGGUUGUCGCGGACCGACUUGACUCUCCAUUUGUGAGACACUGGUUGUCAUUGCAUGCACCAGUGUCUCAAAAUUGGGCGAAAUAA